GCAUCCCUUCACAUCCCUUCACAUCUCUUCAACCAACCACAACAUUCAUCACCCUUCACUCUCGGAUCAUGCGAAAAUCUGGCUGCAGCCCAAACGAGAACUCUGGAUGUUUCUCCCAAUGAAGUAUCUGCAUUGUCUAUAUUUGUUGAUAUUCCAUUCUAAUCCCUGCUGACGCUCAAUGAUCUAUUAUUCUAUUGGUCAAUAUAUUUCCGGGCGCUAUCAAUAUCACCAUGAGAGCAUUUCAUUCUCUUCUUCCUCGGCCAUACAAAAUGCACAUCGACCAAACAAAUGUUCUAUCACUUCACACCCUUCAGCCAAUCCGGUCGCCAGAAUACCUUGCGCUCGAACAUCUAUACUCGAUAUUGCCUAGGUAGGCAUGUAGGCAUUUCUCUCUCGCAGAAUGGUGAUAGUAUGCAGUUGUGCAGCAUGCAGCUUUCCCGGCUUUGGAGGAUUCCACUCCCGUAUAUACAUCAAUUCAUCCCCCCUUGAAAUUGAAGAAGCUGGAACACUUCAUGUCACUUAUUCUCUCAAAAUAUCUAAGAUUGUUUCAACGGGAGUUUAUGAUACACGUACAAUGUGCUCCAUUUGAAAUGUUGAGGCUAUAAAAGAGGUCAAUCGUAUCAUCACAUCCACAAAAUGCUUCGAGGUGAAUCAGAUCGUAUCAAUAUACCAUCGUCCAUUCUUUUGAUUUGCCCGACAUCCGCUUCAUUGUCGUCCUUUCUUUACAUCUUCUCGGCUUUCGCUCUUUUGCCUAUCAAGGUAUUUGCGAAUCCAGUAUCAGCAAGAAAACUUUCUCGAAGUAAUCCAUUGGGGAUAGAUUGGUCACCAGCACCACCACCAGAAGACGGUCCACCUCUCUCAGCCGGAGCUUCACGCAACAAAGCACUUUUACCAGCUCAGAUUGGUGGUAUCAUAGGUGCAUAUCUAUUUUCUCUUUGUAUCGUGGGAAUCCUUAUAAUUGCACUUGGGAAAAGAUUACGAAGACAAGUUGAAUUAGAAGCUAGAGCCUUGGAGGUGGAAUUGGUCGACUCAACGUUCGCCGGCGUUUAUACUGGAUCAUCAGGUCCAACUCCAAUUUCUCCGUCAAACCUUCGGAACUUUUCCUGGCCAUCUCCAGAUAGAAAGUACUUCGCUCCAGCAAUCAAUCCCGACCCAAACGCUUUUGUUUUCCCUUCAAUACAGGAAUCGUACCCAAAUCCUUACAUCUACCCUACUCAAAGGCAUCACAGUAUACAACAAAGCAUAUAUUCACAUCAAAGUCAGCCUAGCAUUGAUAAUAAGAUCGUUGAAGCUGAUCGAGAAAUGAUGAAUCGAAAUCUAGAGGAUCUGUACGCUCAUGUGAUGGAGCAAGAGGAAGCAAAGGCUGCAGGAAUGGAUGUAAGAAACAUGCCACCUCCCAAGGUCCCUGGAGGAGUAUCUGAGGUAGCACCACAUCAUCAAGUACAACCGUCAUCAAGGAAACUUGCGAAACAUAAGCCUUCGGAAAUCAAUACCAACGACGAUAAAUCAACCAAGACCCAUUCUCGGGCAUCCUCCAUAAUUUCAGCUCUUACCUCUCCUAGAUCUGUACCCAAAUCACCUAAAUCUCCACGAAGAAAGGGGAUUCGGGGUUUACGAAUCUCAUCUCCAAUAGCAACGCCACACUCAACCACUUUUUCCCAUGCCGCAUCGGAUGAAGAGCCUCUAACACCACGAGGAUACGUGCAUAGAGCCCCGCCACCAAUUCCAAGAAAUCAAGCCCCGUAUGGCUACACAUCAUCUAAUAGUGAAUCACCUACUCGCAGUAUAGCAGAAACCCUCGACACAAUAUCGCCCGUAUCUCCUCAACAAAAACUUCCUUCCCUUAAUACCCGCAAUCUCCAAAUUUCCCUCAAAUCUGAACCAAAUACCGCCUCUCCUCAAUCAGCAGAAGAACGCACCAAAACCAUGUUUUCCCGACCUCUUCGAGCCGCUCCUUCCAAAAACUCUCUCCUCCAUAAACCUCAAACCUCGAAUGGUUCUUCUGCCUCUCCCGAUUCCCCCUCAUCAUCCACAGCUAUCGGCUCUACCUCUACUUACCAAACCGCAAGCAACACCUCCUCGGCACCAACCCGCUCUCUUCCCUUUCGUGAGCAAUUUCAACAAAAUAUGCUCUCUCCAAACCUCCCCACCAAAACCACCAUUCUCGAACGCGUUCCUCGGGAUAAUGGACAGAAAACCGGAGGCCUCAGAACGGGAGGUCUCAAAACACCUUUUAGCGGAGGCACGGUACCAUACAGUCCUUACCAACCAUUUACACCUAUGAUGCCGAUUACCCCGCGAUUAGUAACCAAGGAGGAUAGAAAGAAGAUGAAGAGAGCCAUGCCCAAGACACCGGUUGUGGAAAUGAUCAAGAGUGAAGAGGAUAUUUGGGAUAGUGGAUAUUGAGUCGAGGUUUCUUUCAUGCAGUAGCAUGGCAUAGCACGGCAUGGUACGAGAAUAGUAGGCAGAGGAGUCGGAUAUAGUAACGGAAAUGUAAAUGUGUAAAGCCAUUACAUGAAUUAAUGAUAUCACGAAGAGAUCAAAUAAGACUUUGGGCGCGGAGUAUCUGAGAAGGAGUUAUAAUUGUUUUGCGAUAUGUUUCUUGCUCCUGUUCCCCAGGAGUCGGUGAUGAAUAUGGGUUAGGAAAUUGCACACGUACGAGAGAUAGGAGAGAGGGAGCAAAUAUGAUCAAUAUAUCAUGCGCUAGCCUCUUAUCAUACUAUAAUUCUUUACAUAGCUGCUUGCACACUUUCACAUUUUCCUAUGGAUUUGUAUAAUUAUACAAUGAGAUUUUUUUUUCCUUCUUAAAAUAGUCAUAUAGGUUUUCGAAUUUGUAGAUUCUGAGUUUGAUCUACUGGGUGAAUUUCUUCAAGCCAUCUCAAGCUUGGGAUGGAAUGGCUUAACAGAAGAAUAUCCAAACUAUUCA